UUUGUAUCGAGCCACCUACAUGAACAUGAGAAGGCGUGUGUUACAUGAUUUAUAAAAGCUACGUGAAUUUUUCAUGGUUCAAGAGAAUGACCGACGAACUACGCUCAGGAAGUAUUAUAUACGAUAAAUAAUACAAUGUGGAUCUGCUGGUCGUUUACAGAAUGGAGAGAAGUUGAAACAAAAACUAAAAUGUGAAAUUGAGAAGUGUUACAAGAGAGACGUCAGGAAUGUCGCUGAAUCGCCUUUUAUUUACCGUGAUUUAUUUGACCUACAUCUGCCUUACAGCCAGUGGAAAAUAUAAAAGAGUGUGUUACUAUACAAACUGGGCCCAAUACAGAAAUGGUAUCGCUAAAUUCGAGCCCAGUAAUAUCGACCCCAAUUUGUGCACGCAUAUCAUAUAUGCCUUUGGAAAGCUGGAAAACAAUGGUAUCACCAAUUUUGAGUGGAACGACGACAAAAGGUACGCGGAAGUUAAUGCUUUCAAGAGGACAAACAAGGAGCUAAAAGUUCUUCUGGCAAUGGGUGGAUGGACCGCUGGAAGUAAGCCUUACUCAGACAUGGCUCUCACUUUCGCUUCAAGGCGAACAUUUAUAGGUAGCGCCAUAGCUUGGCUCCGGAAGUAUGAUUUUGACGGCCUCGAUAUGGAUUGGGAGUAUCCUGCUAACCGCGGAGGCCGCCCGGAGGAUUACCAAAAUUUUCCCACUUUACUACAGGAACUCAAAGAGGCAUUCAAACAGGAAGCCAAGACUAGCAACAAAAGUCGUUUGCUUUUGACUGCAGCUGUCGGUGUAGGGAAGGCCGUAGCGGACACUGCAUAUAAUGUGGCGGAAAUGUCAAAGUACCUAGAUUUCAUAUCUCUGAUGACAUAUGACUUACGUGGUGGUUGGGAAAAAUUCACAGGAUUUAAUGCUCCACUGUACAAAUCGUCUGCUGAUACCAGCAAUGAAUUCAAUGUGGACUUUGCUGUAGACUACUGGCUGAAUAAAGGGGCUCCAGCUGAAAAACUUGUCUUGGGACUGGCUACGUAUGGUCGCUCCUUCACGCUUGCCGACCAGAACAAUUAUGGAGUAGGCGCUCCAGCCACCGGACCCGGUCCACAGGGGAACUAUGUAGGAGAGGCGGGCUUCAUGCCCUUCUACGAUAUUUGUGAGAGGCAAAUUCAGAGGAAUGGUAAGACCUAUCGAGACUUACAAGCUAGAAACCCGUUCUUCGUGGAGGGCACCUUGUGGAUUGGAUUCGAUGACCAGCUUAGCAUAUAUCACAAGAUAAACGACCAAGUAAUAAAGAAAAACCUAGGAGGUGCCAUGAUAUGGGCGCUAGACUUUGACGAUUUUAACAAUAUAUGUAGCUAUGGGGCUUACCCGUUAUCCAGGGUGAUGAAGAGAACACUGGAGGCAGGGGAAUCUGGUCACUCGAUCACUCCACCAUCCACACACAUCCCACUCUCCACCCUGGGACCGACAACCAGGUCCCCCAACACAACACCAUCAGUCAACGGAGGGAAAGAUCCCAACAAUGGCGGGAAUGAUAAUUCAGGGAUCACAAGUCACGACGUCGACUGUAGUCAGUCUACCGAUGGCUUCUACAGAUACAUGACCGACUGUUCCAAGUUUAUUCAGUGUGUUAGAGGAAAAGCCUAUGUAAAAGUCUGUCCACCAAAUUUAGAGUUCAACACUAAUAAUGACCAAUGUGACUGGCCAUUCAAUGUAGACUGUACACCACUAAAUCUCACAGACCUCAUCUCCACUAUAAUUUCAACGUCAUCGUUGAGCUCAUCCACCACCCAUUCAAUAAUCAACUCAACACUUUUAAACAACAACUGGCCUAUAAACAGUGGAUAUCAAUUUAUACCACGUGUUUCUCUGUCUCUCUUGUAUUAUAUAAUUAUACUUCUUUUAUAUUCUUGUUAGUUAUUUCAGGUUUUCAUAUUUUUAUAUUGAUAUUUACAGAGAAAAAUUCAUUUUUAUGCAUUUUGUCACAUUAUAAUUUACCGAUAGAACGAAAUGGACUUAU